AUGGAUCAAGCUAGAACCCAUACUAAUACACCUCCAGCGGAGACUAUAGCUCUUAAGUCGGAGCCUACGGCGGCGUCUGUUUCGCAGCCUUCGGAUACAGCAGCUUCUUCUUCUUCUCCGGGUGGCCUGAAUACAAUGACAACGGCAGCAGGUUCGCCCCCCGAUAAUCCACAGUCGGGCUCUGCUUCGCCUACUGGUGCAGGUCCCACCUCAUUGAAGCAGCCGAACCCCACACAACAUUUGAAUGAGUACCUCCAAGACGUGAGGUCGUUGGAUACACAAGGCUGUAUAACACCAUCACAGCAGCAGUCGGUUCAGGAUGAUGAUUCUCAGCAAGCAGAUUCACAGCAAGCCGAUGCAGAUCACCAUGAUCAUCAACAUAACAGCCAGCCUGAUUCAUCGUUUAAAACCACGAUGACACACAACAACACUACGAUAUUCAAGCCCUUUGACAUCAAGACAGGGCAGUUUAUUCCAACCCCCACAUCUGCAGCAAGCACAGGUACGCAGGGUGGACCGAGCUCUUCGGAAACAGUGUUGUCAGUCUCUUCGACGGCAUCAUCGUCACAGCAAAGUCACUUCAGAACUGACCAGAAACAGAACUUGACUCGCUUGAGAAAAGUCAAAUUUAGAUCACAUUCUGUACCCACAAUAUUGCAUUCGUCACUACGGAGAUUGAACACUCACCGCAUGGCAACGGCUUCUACAGAGGCCGCCGUGGCCACGGCAACAGCAGCGGCAACAGCAGCGUCUUCGUCGGUUUCAUCGUCGUCUUCAUCAUCGGUCUCGUUGUCGUCCUCGUCAUCAUCCACAACGACAACACCAACCACGGCAACAGCGGCACCAACAGCGACAGCGACGGUAACAGCGGCAACAGCGACAGCAAUAACUUCGGCGAGUAAAACCUCAAGUAUGACACCAUUGAGUCAACAGCAGAUGCGUUCAGUCUAUCCAUCCUCUGCAAAUAACAUCUCGUCUGCUUCAGUGUUGAAUGCAGGAACUAUGACUUCUGCGUCGUCUGCGUCCCAGUUUGCCGGCAUCAAGAAGAAGAAACAUGGAAACAAGAGUGGUCAAUAUUUUUUACGCAAUGCCAUCCUGAUGAGUCAUCGGCUACAGUCCAUGGAUGGACAGGAGAUUUCAUUAGAAGAAAGGACUCAAUAUAUCAAGUCAUACGCAGGCCCCAUGCCAUUGCCACCGAUUAAUUUGCAAUGCUUAAGGGAAAUAGAUCUGUCCGAAAUUGUUAAGAACCCGCAACUUAGACAUGACAUAGUGUUUGAUCCUUUACUACAGUUUAGACCAAACUUAGAUGGUGAACGUGGUAUCAAGAAGAGACAAAUAGCAGACAAAUACUGGGCUGAUGUUGAAAAUGAAAUAUUUGUUUACAAUCAACGCGCCGAAGUAUUUGACUAUAAGCACACCCGGCUUGUACCUUUAUUUGAUACCUUAAAGGACGUUCUUGUGACAAUAGUGCCUCAGAAAGAGAUUAGCACGGUCGAAAAUGUUCUUGACACUAAGCUAUUGAUCCAAGAAUUGUUGAAAGGUUCUCUAAUAAUGACAAAUUUGUCUGAUUGGUUGGCCCAAUUGUUCAAGCACCAUUGUGCUCCUAUGAGGGAUCCAUGGGUUGAUGGCAUGCAAAACAAAUUCCGUGAAGCCCAGGAGGAAAAGUCGGUAGUAAAGCUUGUCGAAGCAUUAAAGCUGGUUUUCCAGAUUUUGGAAGCUAUGAAAUUAGAUAUUGCAAACCAUCAAAUAAGAAUAUUAAGACCGGCUUUAUUGAGUAAUGCCGUGGAAUUUGAAAAGCAAUAUUUCCAGUCUUUAAUGAGCUCUCAGCAGGUAAACUUGAAGUCUUCUUUGAAAUGGUUUAAAGAUAAGUACAAUGAAAGUUUUAGAAAUGGAUUCUUUAGACCAGAUCAAGUUCCCAAAACUCCUGAUAUAUAUCGACUUUGCAUCAAGAGUAUCAUAAGCCUACUUUCCUGCCGUAAGAUGGUGAGAGAAUACCCAACGUCAUUAUCAUUUGAUCAUGCCCGUCUAAUUUUGUUGAGGGCUGAUAUUAGACAAGCGGUUUGUCUAUUGGUUUGCAAAUUGCUUUUUAAACAAUUGGUCGCUAAUGAUACUACUAUCGAUAGAGCUGCCAAGGAAUAUGUGAUUUCUAAUUACUCAAAUAGGAGACUAAAGGAGGAGAUAGUCUCCAUCAUUACAGAUGAACAUGGCAACUGCAGGUGGACGAAAAACACGAUAUCCAUCGCUAUCCACAUUUGUAAGACCAUAAACGAAUUGAAACAGGAAUAUGAGACACUUAGAGUACAGAAUGCGAGACAAUUGGGUGCUAUACGAGCUUUAGCAAAUACUACAUCUUCUACCAUUAUCUCUACUUCUAAUACUAACAUUGGGACUCCAGAUAAGACAAGGAUUUCUACUCCAUUGUCAAAAAAGACAUUAACUCCAUUGGAUUCAAGGAACAUAGAUUUCGCUAAGUCCUGGCUUUCAAAACAAACUCAGCCGUUGAGUGAAGUCUAUGGUGUUCUUGAGAACCGUGUCUUUAAUUCAUUGGAGGGAAGCAUCUUUCAAAGAUCAAAUUGUACCAAAGAUGGUAUUGUGAAACAAGAUUUUAUUAAUUUAUGCACUACUAAUAUUCAAGGGACAUCUACUUCCUCUGUUGUUUCAGGCACUAGUGCUAAUGUUUCAGGCACAGGACCAUCCUGCACACCUUCUUCAAGCGUUUUUAGCACACCUUCUAGGAGUCAUCACAUGUCACCUACUGGUAGUAAUAAUGGCACUGCGAACAGUGAUAUGGGCAACGAAACCGGUGGUAGCAUGGCUUCACUAGAUAUGGAGGAGUUUGAAAGCUUGUAUCGGCACUUGUAUACUGUGGUCAACUUUCAUUGGUCUGUAUUUGGGUGUCAUUAUGUGGACGCCUUGGGUGAUAAAUUCAGUAGGGUCUAA